AUGUUCGCAGUCCUUUCCACCUACUCCGGCCACACCGAAACCGACCACAUUCGACUGCACGAGAAAUAUGGACCUGUCGUACGCAUCGCACCCAAUGAACUUGGCUUUUCUUCGCCCAAGGCAGCGAGAAGUGUUUUGGCUGCUGGGUCAGGAUUCCACAAGACGCAAUUCUAUGCAGUGUUCCCUCCUCCUGAGAACCCAGACAUCUUCACAGAAACGCGCGAAGACGUGCAUGCUGUGAAAAAGCGGUAUGCUUCGGGUCCGUAUAGUAUGGCGACCAUGCAUACUAUGGCGGAUGUCAUUGAGAGUGUGGAGCGAGACCUCACUCAACGUCUGGAUAAGAUUUGCCAGGAUGUGGACAAGAGGGAGAGUUGCGAUCUAGGAAAUUGGCUCCACUACUUCGCCUUCGAUGUGCUGGGUGAAAUUGCUUUCUCGCGAAGAUUUGGGUUCUUGGAAGCCGGCUUCGACGUUGAAAAUGCGAUUAAGACGAUAGAUGAUAUGCAAUGGUAUGAUGGGUUGGUCGGGCAAAUUCCCGAGUGGGAUUGGGUGUUUCGCAGAAAUCCGCUUUGGAAGUUGGUCCCUGGAGGAGGAGAGGGGCCGAAGAGAUUCUUGAUCACGAGAAUGGCGCUGGAAGCGAUUGAAGAGAGAAGGAAAGUCGGCGGAGGGAAGGAGAGGAAGGAUCUCUUGCAGAGAUUGAUUGAGGCGCAUGAUAAGGCUCCGGACGUGUUUCGAGAUGGCGAUGUUUUUGCUGUUGCUCAUGGUGCAAUGUGA